CUUUUCUAUGAAUCAGUCUAGUCAGAUGAUCAACGCGGGUGGUUUGUUUGCUUGUCGAUUAACGUAUGGUAAUAAUAUGGAGCAUUAUUUCACUACAGUAACAUAAGAAACCUCUUUGCUGAAGCCUUGUGACUCUAGAAUAUCUCGAUAUUCCCACAUUCAAUGAUAUUGGGUUUGCUCGGUUUUAGCACUUCAGUGGAGUUGGGUCUCCAAGCUCCAGUUAAAAACGGCGGAACUUAGCUUUAGUCGUGAAGUCCUACUUAUGGAUUUUAAUGUCAUUUGUUAUUACCAAUACAACUAAAUGAAGCCAUCGGAAUUACAUAUUAACAUGGAUCGAAAGCUGGUAUUUAGAUUUUCCACCUAAGACAUUGACGACCUGAACUUUCAUUAUUAUUAUUGUUAUUAUUAUUAUUAUUAUUAUUAUUAUUAAAUCCUCUUAUUUGUUUACGAGGUGUUUAUUACAAAUAUGUUUUGCUUUAAGUAAUGAUGAAAUGUGUUGUUGGGGGUUUGUAUGGGACUCACAAAUUAAGCUUUGCUCUUACUACAGAUGACGCAUUUUUAGAACCGAGACAUCAAUGUAGCAUAUUUUCCUGUAUUGUAUCCUAAAGAUCAAGCGUUAAUCGGUAGUAGUCUGACGAGAAUAUCUAUUUCGGUAGAUGAAUGUAGUUAGUAUUUAGUUGAAAGCUAACUGUAUAUACAGACAAAUAUGAAUCCGUCAGUUUUAACAUUCUCAGGAAUUUUACAUUUUGUAUGCACUUUCGUUCAUCACUGAUAAUUCCUUUCAAAUAUUUGGAAAUGUUAUAAAGACUUAUAAACUACAGCCAUAGUAGAGGCAUUACGUAAGCUCAACAUUAGUUAUAUCAAAAUGCUUUAAGUAAUCUCUUUUAUUGCAAAGUUUUAUCUACUCAUACCAUUGGUCAGUUCUCUUUGUCUGUUUUUUAUUAUGAAUAAGAUGUCAUGUUGCUCAAAUUCGCUUGUGUGUUUGACGAAAAAAAUAUGUUUAGGUAUUUGAUAAAAAGAUGUUUGUUUAGGUGUUUGACAAACUGGUCUUCCAAAGUUUCGUUUUAGUUGCCGAAUAGGUAACUUUUGUUAUUGCACGUAAGUUUUUAGCUUACUACAAGGCUCUCCGCGCUUUUCUUUCAUGUUAUUGAUAGUAUCAAUUGUUCUUGACUCAUUUUGCCUACAGUUUGAUUUAUGUGGUUAGUUUCGUAAUUUUUCAGAACGGAGCAGGAAACAUUGAUUGCAGAAAAUGGGAGGACGUCUACUUGAUGUAUAUUUCAAACCAAUGCCCGGCAGAUAGCAUUUCAAUCAAGGGAACUUUGUUCCUAACAGACCAUGGAUCAAAAGUAAGUAUUCACUGGGUACCCCAUCAUGAUCAAGAUUCGUCAUUAUCCCAAGAAGAUAGAAAGGGUUAUGAAAUCGAUAUUAAGGAUAUGGAUUUUCUUGUUAUACGAAAGGCCCCAUGCUUUCCUUGCCGUGGAGUGUAUUUAUCCCUAAAAUCACAAAAACCUUAUGGCCCAUUCGAGUUCCGUAAAGGUGGUUCCAGUUCAUUUUUGCGAAGUUUGAGUACUUUGGCUGAUGUUAGGAGAUGCCAUGAUGACGAGAAUCGGUACAUUGUCAGACCUCGUCCACAAUAUAAUUUUACUUCUAAUUACCAUCUUCCUGAUCCUUCAGCAAGAGUGGAAGCGGAAGGGUUGAUUGGGUCUCCUUUUUCUGGCCAAUUAGGUGCUUCAUUAAGAAAUAUUGGAAUACAUGUCAACUCAAUUGUUAGCACUAUAUUAUCACCUAAUUUAAUCGAUGAAAAUAUAGCUCCAAAUAACGGCUCAUCUGAAGAGUAUUUUGCAAAAUGUAUUGCAGAAGAUCUACAGAAAAUCGAAGCUGCACGUUUAAGAACUACCGAUGAUGAAGGAGGAUUUGCUGUUGUUGAACGAAGACCAAACCCUAUUUUUCUUCCACCAAUGCCCACUGUUCAGCGUUCCCUUCCACUGAAUAUGACCCAAUGGAAAAAGUCACUGGAUCCAGAAGGUCGUGUAAAUCGACCUGAAAAUUUACGUGAAAUAAUAUUCAGUGGUCCUUUUCGGAUGUCAUAUUCUUGGUUGCUCUUCUAAAGAGAUUUUUGUACUGAGUUGAAGGCAGUAUAACGAUUAGAGUGUGUUGGUUUACCCUGGAUAGUCUGAUUUACAUCUUCAAUUAGAUUUCUUUCAAUUGAGCAAUUUAAAAAUGAUAAUUCACCGUAUUCAUUUUGAUUUUUGUAUGGGGAUUCAUUAUGGGAUGGGAGUAUAAUGAUCAGUCUAGAAAACAUACGUAAGAGAGUCUUUUUCAUAACGACAAAAAAGUAUAGUCCCCAUAUCUGAACCAAAUUCGUGAUCUAAUGUCAUUAGCGAAAAUAUAUGAUUCUAUAUGCGACAUAAACAGGUUAGCAAGGGUAUCCUAUUAUCACUCUGUUUGUUUGCAUAAUGUCCCGUUGAUAGUAUAUAUGGCUGAAUUUAAGCUUAGUUUUAGAGACUACCAGGCGAUCUCCCCAGGCUUCUCAACACACAUCACGAAUAUCUUUACAAGAACGUUUUCAAAAACACAUUUAUCUACUAGAAAAAUACCGUGAACGUGCCAAAAACUUGUAUAAUCUGAUAAAACUUUUGAUUCCUGCUAAAUUACAAACCAUUAGUUCUUACAUUUCAUUGUAAAGGAACACCAUUAUUUGAAUUUGUCGAAAUACCAACGAGUCAAAAAAUGUGAAAAGAUUAGAGAAAUAAGAGAGAAAAAACUACUCUUAGAUCAUCAAGACUGGAUUAUAUUGUUGUCGAUGUAUCCUGAUCACUAUCAUGUUUAUAACCGGAUCACUUAUGCCGACCAUAAUGUUUAGUGGGUUGUCUAAAAUUGGUUUAGAAGAGAAGAAUAUUUUAGCAGUUAGGAAGUAAUACUUAGUAAGAAUCAUGUUUAUGUCUCACUAUUGAAUUUCUACUGUUUACUGAUCGGACAACUAAAAUAUGGCUCAGCCCAAAUAAGUUUUGAAAACAAAAACAAAUGUUGUUACAUAGUCCAAGAUAUCAUAUUGGAACCUAUCACUCUAUCGUUUAACAAUUUUUCUAAUUAUCAAAACUUUGUAAACUUCGGAUGUUCACCAUUAGUUCAGUACUGCCAUUAUGGUUUUACCCACUAUGAGUAGUGUAAAUUUCAUAUUGUGGUUCAACUUUUACAAGUCUAUCAAGUCUUAUAAAGUAUAUAAAAUAAUUUGAUUUCAAUGCCUAGUGAAUUUACGUAUUUCUUGACAAGCAUUUUGACAUUGUUUAUGAAACAAAAUUAUUUCUUAUUACAGACUUGGUAGCUACACAUAUUUAGGUUGCUUUAUAACAGAUAUGGUCCAAAGUAUUAUUUGUUGUGUUCACAGCAGACUGAAUUGCACUCGUUUUCAAUAUAAUUUAGUGUCAAGGUAUGCCUUUUUUCAAUUAUCCCGUCCAACUGACACUUACAGUACAUUUUUUAAAAUUCAUUUAUUGAUAGUCAUAACAAACAAAUUAUGUCAUUUAGUUAGUCAUACGUAGCGUAGAGAAACUGGGACAUAUAUAGAUCAGUUCAAGUUGUCACAGCACAUUAGCACGACAAGAUGUUAGAGUAGUAUAAGUAGUGAAAUAGAGAUUCCUGUUUUCGUACAUCUACGUUGAUAUAUUCAAACUUGUAGACAGACAAACUAUCCUAAUCUUUCCAAUCAUUCUGUCACACCGUUAGUCGUAGUAGAAGAUAUGAUUCGAGCAGAAAAUAUACAUUCGUAGGAUAAAAAAUUCUUGACGCGGUUAAAAAAAAAUUAAGGUUCAAGGAAAGACAAAGAGUGAAUAUAUCUACGACCAAUUCUAAGUCAUGUCAUUCAAAGUCUCUAACCAUUGGUACAAAUCAUCAACCAGGUGGUCUGCGCCUACUAGCACAAUUCACUCCAAAGGCUAAUGAUCACAUGAACUUUUGGUUUUUAUACCUUUAGCUUUCUUCCAGCUUACUCUACCAACCAUCAUCACUGAUCGAGGUAGGCAAUGGUUGGGCAUACUUAUUAGGUGUCUCAGCCACCUAAACUAAUUUUAUUAUACUGUGUUUAACAAUAAAUGAGUACCAACUAAAGCGAACAUGAUUAUUUUUUCUACUUUAUAAGGUAUAUUUAUCGUCAUCUUCCUUCUUGUUUCGCAUAAUUACCAUUGUUAUUAUUAUUUCAUGCAGGGUAUUGAAAAUGAUUUAAAACCGAUAGUAUGGAAGUAUUUGCUCGGUUAUUAUCAAUGGACUUAUACAGCAGAAGAAAAUGAAAGAUUAAAAGUUGAAAAAAGUCGUGAAUACCACAUCUUGAAGACAUUUUGGAAGUCAAUGUCCCCUGAUCGAGAAGCUAGGUUUGCAUUGUUUCGUGAUCGUAAAUGUUUUAUCGAUAAAGACGUUCCACGUACUGAUCGAAAAACUGAUUUCUACUCAGAUGAUAGUCAUGGAAAUUUGACACGUCUUUCAGAUAUACUUAUCACGUAUACUAUAUAUAAUAUGGAUUUCGGUUACUUUCAAGGAAUGAAUGAUUUACUCGCAUUAAUACUUUAUGUUAUUAAAGAUGAAGAAGAUUCUUUUUGGUGUUUUGUUGGUUUAAUGAAUAGACUAGAAUCUAAUUUCAAUGGUGAACUCAAUGCAGUCAGAGAACAAUUUAAUCAAUUAUUUUCACUGAUUGAAAUAGUUGAUCCAACUUUCAGCGAAUAUCUUGAAUCGAAAAGUGCCAAAGAAAUGCCGUUUUGCUUCCGCUGGUUGUUAAUUCAUUUCAAACGAGAAUUCUCAUACAAAGAUACUAUGACUUUAUGGGAGGUAUGUUAAAUUAAUCAUAUGUUAAUAAUUGUUUUAAUUUUUUAAUUCAAUAGUUUCUUCAAAUUCAUGUAUAAGUUGUUCGUUUAUUUUUUGUUAAUUUUCUAAACUGGUUAUUUUUCUUGUAAUUACCUAAGUUAUACACUAAUAAUUUCGAAAACGUUUCGCUAUUUUUCUAACUCUUCAUUUGUUAUUGAUGAUUAUAUUAUUUACUAAAACGUGUUUAUUUACUUUAAUCAGUGUUUUAAAAUCUAUUUUAAUCGGUAUACAACCACCUACAAUCUGGUUAGCGUUUUUUGACAAGGUUGUUUUCUACGGGGUGGGGUUGCCGACCCCAUGCCCAACCCUCCUUUACCCGAGCUCGGGAUUGGCAGUAGCCCUGGAUGAGCUACAGGUAGAGUAUACCACCUACGAUCACUUAUUAGUUAUUUGUUAUUUCUCUAUAUCCUCACAUGAUUGUGACAUGUUAAAUGUCGUAAGAUUUUAAGAAAAUUUUGCGUUGGCUUGUCUUGACCAUACUUCAUAUUAACACAGAGGAAAUCAACUUAAACAUCUAAAAAUGUAAACCCAUCAAUGGCUGUGGAGUACCGAAGAAAAAAAAACAAAAUGAAACCAAUGAAAUAUUAAAAUAUAGAAAACCUUGAAGAUAUUUUGGCAUAACGGAAAAAACAAGCAAGUGGAUGGUUGAGUUCUAUUGAGGUCUCGUGUGACCAAGUUUUAAUAACAACAGAGCAGUUUUAUACUCUCUUCCUCUCUAGUUCGACUAUCGAUUAUUUAGCUUAUAUUGCCAGUACGAUCGGUGAACUGUUUACCAAUUUAGACAUCGACCAAUUAGGAACAACCAAGACCUUAAAGCUUACUACUCUUCGAGAUCUUUCUAACCUAGUGUCCAAUCAGAAGACAUAGAUAGGAAGCAGAUCAGUCCUCCAUUGUAAUUCAUUCUGUCAUGACUCAGAAUCUAUACAAUAUACCUGACGACACAGCAACACAAUUAGGUAAUUACACUGUUUGCUUAUAAAUCGGAGUAAUAAGUAAAUAAAUAAUUAAUAGUAAAUCUGGAACGAUAACGUAUAUGACAGCGAUUUAUGGGUUAAACAAAAUUUAAAAAAUAGGAGAAUAAAAAUUUUUUACUGUUCAAGCGUCUAUUAAUUGUACAAUAAAAGUGUAAAAAUUGUCCUUCGUACGAUAGUUCCAAGAGCUAUAUUUCCAUACUACCCUCUCCAUUAUACCAGUUUUAUUUUUACGUCUAGUAUACUAUCCUAGAUACUCAUAUUUUCAUUCUCUCAGUUGAUGUACACAGAGUAGUUUAAUCAGGUUUUCAUUAUGAAGGCGAUUUCAAUAUCAGGUACUUGACAUAAAACUGUGAGCUUAUGUUUCGCGCUAGUUUAUACUUGUUACCAAGUAGUACCUGCAAUCCGGAACUUGUGUCCUGUGUGAAAUUCAAGUUUGGAUCAUCCAGUUUCAUAAUAUGAGACGUUGCUAUUGAACUAUUCGGGCUUCGACUGAUAUCCUGUAAAACUGAGAUAUUUACACUGGUUGGUCAAUGAUUUAUAGUAAUUGCCUUGUCAAUUCCCUCAAGAUUGCUAGCAAUUUACGUCGACUAGUUCUAGCUUAGAAUAAAACCUAGGUUUAUGGUUUCCUGACCAUUCAUGAAGACUAGUAGUCAGAAUUCAACUUGAUUAAUAGAAUUCGAUCAGCGUUAUGAGUUAGAUAAGCAUAACAUUGGUUACUACUUUGUAACCAGUUAAUGUGAAAUUAAAUUGAAGUCUCACGUUUCCUUGAUAUGAUUAUAUUUACCAGUGAGUUUUGCUAAUGACAAGAGUCAAACCCGUUCAUGACUUUCCAUUCUGCAUUAAUAGUGUUAUCAUUUUUGGUGUAAUGCUUUCUCUAGGCGUUUUGGACAGAUUAUCGGACUAAGAAUUUCCAUAUCUUUUUCGCUGCCGCCAUACUUUUGACUCAAAGAGAUAAUAUCAUGAAUAGAAAAUAUGAUGCAAACAGUAUAUUAAAGGUUAGUUUAUUUCAUAAAAAUAAAUCACCAGAAAUUAUAUUUCACGGUAAAAGAGUUGACGUAGUUAGAAAAACUUUCGACAUGUUGAUUCCGUAAUGAUAUAUAAAUGCACCAUAGAAGUAUAAAGUAUUACGUUGUAUACAAUGCUCA